AUGGCUGUCUCAGGUUCAAAAUGGAUAAAAAAAGUACUGCAUUUGUUUUCUUUUUUCUCUUGUAUCCAAGAUCAAAGUAAACUCAAACAUGAAUCUCAUGAGGUAGAAAAAAAAAAUCUCUGUAGGGAAAAUAAGACAACCAGAGAUGAAAACAAGGCUCUGAGAAAAGAAAACAAAACCCUCUGGGGGGAAAACAAUGCUCUUGGAAGAGAAAACAAAGCUUUUCGAAUGUUCAACCAAUUCAUCAGGGAAAGGAAUCAGCUCCUAAGACAGCAGAGCCAGCUUCUCUGGAAGGUGAAAAAGUUGGCUUUGGAAAAUCAAAAACUGUCAGAAGAAGAACUGAAUGCCUUGAACACAGAGAGAAAAUCUUACUGGCAGCAGAAUCCUGCACUGGAAACUCAGAUUACAGCUCUCCAGCAGCAAGAGAUAGCCUUCCAGAAUGAAGCUAAAGCUCUUGAAGAAGAGAUCAGAGCUCUGUGUGAGGAGACCAAGGCUCUGCAGCACCAGGAGAGCACUCUCAGGAUGGAAGAGAGGGCCCUGUUGAGGGAGGGAGUGGCUGUAGAGCUGCGGGAGGCCUUGACAAAGGAGGGAGCUGCUCUGGAAAUGGAAAUGGAAGAGUGGGCUCUGUGGAAGGAGGAGCAGGCUCUUAGGGAAGAGAACAAGGCUCUGAGAAAAGAACAAGGAGCUCUGCAAGAGGACGAAGCAGCCCUACAGGAAGAGGCCAAAAUACUAAAGGAGUGGAACAGGAUUUUCCAGGGGAAGAAUGCAAACACCCUCCCUGGGAAGACUCAAAGUGAUGAACUAGAGAAGUGUGACCUGAGGAUCUAA